UAAUUUUUCCUUCUUGAACGUCUGCUAGGGUUUUGGUAGGGAAACAGCGAAUGGGUGGGACUUCACUUUGACUUGAACUCUGCGUCUUCCUCCUCCGUCGCAUUAGGGUUUUGCAGAGUUCCAGUGGGUUCACUUUCAUAGCUUUGACCAGUGAAACAUGGCAUUUCCAUUUGAUUCAUUCUGCUAAUUCCUAAAUUCGAAAAUCACUGAUCAUUUCUGUCUGAUACAGUUUUGUUCCUCGCUUCAUCUGCACUUGAUUUACCCUCUCAAUGGAUUGUGAUGAAGACCCUCCUCAAAACCCAGCUAAAAGGCACAAAUGCUCAGCAUGCUAUAAGCAGUAUAAGAAGAAAGAAUCUCUGAUCGAGCACAUGAAGGCCUCAUAUCACUCUGUCCAUCAGCCCAGAUGUGGUGUCUGUCAAAAGUAUUGCAAAUCUUUCAAAUCCCUAAGGGAACAUCUUUUCGGUCCUUUGCCAAAAGGUGUUUGUUCCAAGAUUUUCUCUAAAUAGGGUUGUCUGCUUUGCUUGACACUAUUUGACAGCCCCAGGUCUCUCG